GCAUGCGCUCAAAGUCAGCAACUUCCGUUUCCUAGUUUUUCAAACUACAAAAACAUUUGAUUCGAUUUUUCUAAUCAUCGACUACUCAUCACCUCAAAUCAUGAAACAUGUUUUGUAUAAUAUUCCACCUCGAAGCCGCCCUAUCUCUGCACACGCGUGUCGUGAACUUUGAAGAAGCGGGAAAGAUGACGUUUCCUGCGACUUCAAAGGUCAAAGGACAGCAACAACUAAGUGCGGGUGAAAGUGAAAGUAAAAGGAGGAAGAAGACGUCUGGCUGUGAGUGGCUCGAGUUCGACGUGGAAUAGUUGAUUGACUGAAACGCGUAUUAGUAGAUUGCACAGUACAGUACAUAUUCUGUACAAUUGACCACUAAAUGGUAACACCCCAAUAAGUUUUUCAACUUGUUGAAGUCGGGGUCCACCUUCAUCAAUUCAUGGUGACGUCAUCCAUGAUGACGUCACUGUACGGCGUCCUGCUCCUGCUGCUGGACUCACUGCUCACCGCCACCUUCUGGACUGUGCUGCUUGUGCUGGGGGCGCCCGGCUGCGGCGCGGUGGGUCAGUGGAGCCUGGCGGGGCUGAAGGCUGUGACCUUGGUCUGGCUCGCCUGCGCACUGGCUGAUGGGAGACGGCGGGCGACGCUAUGCCGGCUGGCGGCGCACCUCUGCCUGCUGACCCCCCUGCUGGACUCCCUGAGUCCUGACCUGACCCCUGACCCGGGCACCUGGCUGCUGGGGGCGGCGUGCUCGGCGCUGAGCUGCGUGGUUUGGGAGGCGGGGCUGAGUGGUGGGCGGAGCGGACAGAAAAAGGAAGACCAGGAUGCUGGUCGCCUGCUGGCCAGGGUCUUGCAGCACGUCAAAGCGGACUUCCUCUUCCUGUCCUCAGCCUUCGUCUUCCUCAUCCUGGCUGUGGGCUGUGACACUGCCAUCCCGUUGUACCAGGGCAAGGUGAUGGACAUCCUGACAGCUCCACAGCUGGACUCCCACUUCUUGUCCGCCGUGGCACUGCUGGUCUUCUUCUCUCUCGGAAGCUGCGUGCUGACGGGCCUGCGAGCGGGCGUCUUCAUGUGCUCGCACGCACGCCUCAACAAGAGACUCAAGCUGCUGCUCUUCGGGACGCUGCUGAGGCAGGAAGUGCACUUCUUCCAGGACAACAACGCAGGUGACCUCUCCUCCCGCCUGCACUCGGACGUCAACAAGAUGGGCCUGACGGUGGCGCUCAACACCAACGCCGUGCUGCGCAGCACGGCGAAGACGGCGCUGAUGUUGGCGCUGAUGUGGCGUCUGUCAUGGCGGCUCACGGCGCUGGCGUGCAUCGAGAUCCCCCUGAUGGCGGCGCUGCAGAAACGCCAGAUUGCCUGCGCCAAGGAGCUGACGGAGCGGAAGCAGGACUGCUUGGCCGCGGUGGAGGCGCUGGCCAGUCAGUCGCUGGGCAGGAUUAGAACGGUGCGCAGCUUCAACGGCGAGCGUGACGAAACGAGGCGGCACCGGGAGGCGCUGCACGAGCUGCAUGGCGUCCGGAGACAGGCCGCGGUCUACAACGCCGUCUUCGUCCUCGUAAGGCGGCUGGGGAGUCUGGCCAUCAAGACGGCGAUGCUCGUGCACGCUCGCACGCUGAUCGCCGGCGGCCACCUGAGCAUCGGGAGUCUGCUCUCCUUCCUCCUCUUCCGGAAGCCCAUGUCCCACAACCUCAAGGAGAUCUUGUUCUGCUGCGGGGACACGCUGUCCACGGUGGGCGUCAUCGCCAAAGUCUUCAGCUACCUGGACAGGACGCCGCCAGGCCGGGAGGAGGGCCCCCUGGCCCCCGAGCGUCUGCGGGGGAGCCUGCUCUUCCAGGACGUCACCUUCAGGUACCCGUCCAGGGCUCAGGACCAACCGGCGCUGAAGGCGCUGUCCAUGGAGCUGCAGGCGGGGCAGGUGACGGCGCUCGUGGGUCCGUCCGGCAGCGGCAAGACCACCUGCCUCAGCCUCUUGAAGAGGUUCUACGAGCCCCAGUGCGGUCGCAUCCUGCUGGACGGACAGCCGCUGCAGCGCUACCGCCGCCGCUACCUCCAUCAAAAGGUGGUUCUGGUGGAGCAGAGUCCAGUUCUGCUGUGCGGCUCAGUCAGGUCCAACGUGGAGUACGGCACGACCUGCGACCCCCGACAGGUGCGAGAGGUGGCCAUCAAGGUGGGAGCGUGUGACCUCCUGGACAGCGAGGCAGAUGUGGGCGAAGGAGGCCGGCGUCUGUCCGAGAGCGAGAAGCAGCGCGUGGUCGUGAUGCGGGCGCUGGUCCGAGACCCGCCGGUCAUCCUCCUGGACGAGGCCACCAGCCAGCUGGACGGCCAGGCGCAGGAGGCGGUCUUGCGGGAGGUUCUGCGCGGCGGGCGCACGGUCCUGAUGGUGGCGCACCGGCUGAGCAGCGCCGAGAGGGCGGACCGCAUCGUCUUCAUGGAGGACGGCGCCGUGGUGGAGGAGGGCACGCACCUGCAGCUCAUGGCCAGGAGGGGGCGCUACCAUCGCCUGAGGGAGGAGCUCUUCUCUGACCUACUUCCUGUCCAGGACUCCUGACCACUGGGACUUCCUGUCUGCCAAUAAAGCUCCAAAGUAU